AUGGAUCCGUUAUCGCUCGCUGCCAGUAUUGCUGGCCUGGUGAGCCUCGCGGGUGCUGUUAUAUCAGCCGGUUACAAAUUGAACUCCAAGUUGAAUGAGGAUACGAGCGACACAAAAACGCUGGUUAAUGAGACAGCCAACUUCUCGGGCAUCUUGCUGGGUGUAAAGGCACACCUAGAGUCCUUUCACUCUCUCGAUGUCGAUUUGGAGGCUGUUCACAACACCAUUGAAGACAGCAAGCUUACGAUAAAGCUUAUCGAUGAGUUAUUAGCCAAGCUUUCAAAGUCAAAUCGCAUUGAGAUGUUGAUCAAAGCUGGUGGACGGGAGGAGCAGGCCGUGAAGUUACUUCGACGUAUUGAGCAGUACAAGAUGUUCUUUGUCCUAUGCUUUCAGCUUGAGCAAAGCUCUCAAUCCGAAACCCUCCAGAUCCAGAUGGAAGGGAUUGUGACUCAGUUGAAGUCAUUAGACGAAACUCAGAAGGGCGUUGAGAAGGCAGUUGGUAAGUUGGUAGAUGCUGGUCAAAUUCAGCAACAAGAAAAGAUCAUCAAAUGGCUUGGCACACCAACAGAAGAUGAACACGAUGAUCUAUGCAAGCAACGAGAUACGUCAUCGGCUGAGUGGAUUUUGAAGAGGGAAGAAUUCAACAAGUGGUUAUCCUGUCCAGGUUCAGCAUUAUUAUGCCUGAACGGAACACAGGGUUCAGGAAAGUCGGUGGUUAUAUCCAAGGUUAUCGAAUCGCUUCAAGAGUCUACGCUUGAGUCUGGAAGUAAUGCUGUAGUUUACCACUACUGUCGCUUCACCAACCCAUCCAGUCUUUCACCUACGAAUCUCGUCGGGUCGCUCAUAGGCCAGCUUCUCAAACAAUCUUCCCACCCAAGCGCCGUCUUAGAAGUUGCGAAUAAUGUCUACGAAAAACAUCGCAAGCGAUCGGCUCACCCAAGCCUCCAAGACCUGCAGGCUCUAUUCACUGAUCUCUCUAAUUACUCCGAGAGAGUUCUCCUUGUCAUCGAUGGCUUGGACGAAAUGAGUGGCUACUGGGAGAUCUUGGACUUCUUGGAGACUCUACCCGAGGCAGAUACCGAGUUCAAGGUUCUCAUAGCAAGCAGAGCUGGAAUGGGCCUGGAUGAUGCUUUUUCGUCCUGUUUCAGAGUCACAAUCACAUCGAAGGAUGUUGCAUCCGACAUCGAGAGCUUGGUCCGCAAGAAGCUCAGCAAGCGUCGAUUCCGAGGAAGUGAAGUCGAGGAGGUCAUCAAAGAGCUGAUCAUCCGUGCUGAUGGAAUGUUCAUCUGGGUCAUCUGCCAGAUCGAUCAUCUCUCCCGCGUCCGAACAGUUCUCAGCCCAAAGCUUGUCCAAGCACUACCCCGCAAUCUUGAGAAGACAUUCGAGCAGGCCUUCCAAAUGCUCGAGGACGAAGAAGAGAAAAGGCUUGCCAAGCGUAUCCUACAGUUUGUCAUGUUUUCUAACAGACCAUUCGAUCUAUCAGAAUUGGUCGAAGGGAUUGCCGUCACGUUAGACACAAAGACUCUAGAUGAUGUCAGAGGAAGCUCACUGCGCGAAAAGAGCUACGUCUUUGAGCUUUGUGGGAGCUUGAUUCGAGAGUCUCAGGCAACCUCAAAGAUCGAUCUGGCACACUACUCUGUUUACCAGUUUCUUCAAUCACCGAGACUAGAGGGAACGAGGGAGAAUGAGCUAUAUCUGGAUGCGUCUGAUGGUAAUAUAGAGCUUCUCGCGGCUUGCAUUCGGUAUCUGACCAUCGAGAACAUUUCAGCUGGUGGCAUUGCCGAAGAGGUAGAGGCUGCACUUGAAGAUGACGAUCUGUACAUCAGCCCAGAAGUGUUCACAAAUACGCCAUUCCUCCAGCAUGCUGUUAGUAAUUGGCCAGCUUAUGCUUCGAAACUCUCAGAUGCCGAGCUUAAAGAUAUCUGGACCUCUGUUCUACUUCCGUUCUUCGAGCCUAGUUCGAACUACUUCAAGUUCUGGGUACGCAAAGCACGCUAUCUUCACGGAUACUACAAGUAUCCUCCGGGAAUCACACCACUGCACGUCGCUGCUGCCCAUGGGCUGCCAAGUCUGGCAAGAAUCCUUUUGGAAGAUAGCCAUCUCAGCAAAGCGACUUGGCAGAUAUCGAAAGCCAAAGUGGGGAGCAGGACGCCGCUACAUAUGGCUAUCGAGAACGAUCAAAACUCGGUGAUCGAUCUUCUUCUGGAACUUGAUCUUAUCGACUCAACAGAUGAAAGAGGCAGAACCCCUCUGCAUCUAGCUAUUGAGUGUGCAAACGAAGAAGCUGUCGCUAAGCUUAUUUCAGCUGGCGCAAAUGUGAACCACUGCGAGGAAGACGGACGCACACCCCUCUUCAUCGCCAUUGAGAACAACUGGGAUGGUCUCGCAACACAGCUCGCAGAGAUGGCGAGCCGGCAUACAACCAUGCCAGAUGGGCGCGGGCCGCUCCACCUUGCAGCACAAACUGGAAGUGCGACGUGGUUGAAAUGUCUGAUGCUCGCAUUUACUCCAAGAGCCAUAAACAAGCCUGAUAAUCGUGGUUGGAGCCCUCUACUCUACGCUGUUGAUAGGGGCCAUUUGGAUGUCGUCAAACUUCUAUUGUCAAAUCCGAACUGUAUAGAGGUUGGUGAUAAGAACGGAUGGACGCCUCUACAUGCUGCUAUCAAGCAAAAGAAUGUGGACUGCGCCACAGAGUUACUGGUAUCUAAUGUUCCGAAAUUACCAUUCCCAGAAUACAGAGAAGAGCCCGAAGAAAGAGAGGAUGAACCUGAUACUGAGAUGACAGGGAAAUAUGGUGGAGCAUACCGGCCCAGGCGGUCCGCUGCGGCAACUAGAGGAGGCCCGAGUGGAAGAUCAAGUGACUGGGCACAGGAAUCAUCAUCUGAAUCCCACCAUACAGCAACAGUCUCGUCUCCAUUACUUCUGGCAGUUUCGAUCAAUUACAAGGCUGGGGUUGAAUUGCUCCUCCGACAUGCCGAAACCUACGGUCGAAAAGAAUUAGGCUUGCUAGAGGAGGAUGGCGAGUGCCUCAAAGCAUCGAUGGUGCAAACUGAAACAACCAUCUUCAAGAAGCUCAUUCCAGUCUCAACGGCAAAGAGCAUACUGGCUGUUCUGCCUGAUUGUCUCGAGAAGGGCGGAGUGUUUAUGGAUGUAUUGAAGCAAAGACUGGGCACUGCCUUUGCACACAAGCAGCUUCUACCAGAGGCAUUGUCCGGCGACAGAUUGACGCUUGAAAUUGCACAUAUGGUACUGGAUACCUGGCCUAUUCAAACUACCACGCUUCCAGAUAACAUACUUCACCUCGCUAUACAGGUCGGAUAUGCCCAUGACUUACGCUUAUAUGACCAUGACUUACGCUUAAUGCAUCGUCUCAUUGAUGGAGGAGCCAAUACCUCUUAUGUUGACAAAGAAGGGCGAACCCUGUUGCAUGUGGCAAUCAACCACUUCAACUGGCCCGCUACUACCUUCAUGAUUGACAGUCUGCCAUUUGGCAAAGCGAUAUUAUCCAGUGCCCUUCACAAUCUCGUUGACGUUGCUCCAACACAAGGCAAUGACAUCGAUGCCGAGAUUCUCUCAAUCCUGAAUCUGCUUCUCGACAAGGGCGCUGAUAUCAAUAGCCAUGAUAGAUCUGACCGCAGUGUUUGCCAUAUAGCAGCUGGUAGAGACGACGCUGUGUUCUUGAAAUGGGCGUUAGAGAACAACGCUGUGCUGGCUGCUCCAGCCUCGAGAGAUGAUACUCCAAUCACCGUGGCUGUGGGGUAUCGGAAAUAUCAGAUUUUGCAAUGUCUUCUCGACAACAUUCUUCAGACUGCACCAGAGACUCUGGUUGAGUUUCUGGCCACGCCAGGUACAAGCUGUGGGACACCCCUCAUACAGGCCAUUGAGCUCUCCGACAUGACAAGCUUGGCCAAGCUUGUGGAAGCUGACAAGGCUGCCGAGUUGCUGGUUAAGAAGAAUAUCGAUGAGUGUCAAAGUAGACGGCUGACAGCUUUUACCGACGCGUUGUGCAAUGCUAUUCGGAAGCAAUCUGACCAGGCUGCCAUGUUACUAAUCAAAUCCAUGACUGAUAUCUCCAGAACAAGUUCGUCAGGCGAGACACCUCUGCAUACAGCUGUGCGGGAGGAAGAUGAAAAGAUGGUAAAGGUGCUUCUCGAGCACGGGGCACAGUUGAGCGUACAGCAUCGCGACACAGGAGAAACACCAUUCGCAGUUGCAACAGUCGCCAAUCUGACAGGGAUAAAGACUAUUCUAAGCGAGCGCCAAGUGGACUAUCAACCCCAAGAUAUCAUUGCAGCAGCCAAAGCUGGAGACGAAGGCUUGGUUGCAAAAGUCUUGGCUGCAUACCCUGAUGACUUGUACAAUCAGAGAAAGGCACUAUUCACAUCCCGAAAAUUACGACAGAAGAAGAUUGAGAAGACCCUCCACGAAGUUUUAUCAACGGAUACCGAAUCUUCUGUGGUGGACGAUAUAGCCAGGAAUGCAUACGGUGAUACAGUUCUGCACCAAGCAGUUCGUGCAAUGAACCCCGAAAAGCUAAGGUUUCUGUGUAGUGGCGAUGACAGAGCGGUACUGGAUGCUUACGACUUGGGAGGUGAUUCUGCGUUGAUGCUUGCUAUCCGAUUGUGUCACUGGAGCGGUGCUGAGGUGUUGGCUAACGCAGGGGCGGAUAUAGAUGAAGCCCUCGAGAAGGCGUAUGCCGAGAAGUGUGAACUUUGGAUUGAUAAGCUUGUUGAGCUUAAAAAUCGUUAUGGAAGAGUGAGAGGUUUCGUAUAUUCUGUUAGUACAUGA